CACCUUACUGCAGUGUGGCUGUUAGGUAUUGUGAUGGCUCUAAUAAUGGGACUUAGGCAAUGUGUACUUGGGCUUUUAAUGUUUGUUGCGUUUGAUCAUGUGUGUUGUGCCAAACUAAAGGCUCGGGCCUUUCAGCCCCGAAUGCUUGGUUCUCUGCUUAGGGAGCCGUGGAAAUCAACCCAAGUUUCUUAUGGGGUUCAAUUGCCAAGGCCUCAGUUGUCCCCACUUAGUCCAAGUCUAGCAGCUUCAAGUACUCAGUCCAAAGAAGAAUUGCUAGGCCCAGUCAGGGAGCUGACCUGGAAGUUCCCAGAAGUCCCGGCAGAGCCAGAACAGCCAGAUAUUAACUUUGAGUUGGCGCAGCCUAGACCUUCUGACAGCGUGGCAGUCCAGUGUUGGGAAAAUGGGGUGCAUGUGGAAGUGAAGCAGGACUUCUUUGGCACCGGCCAACUGCUUGAGCCCUCUCAACUGUCUCUAGGGGGUUGUGGUGUAAUGGACAUGGAUGCAGCUGCCAGAGUCCUGAUCUUUCAUUCAGCACUUCAGGAGUGUGGUAGUGAGCUUGUGGCAACUGAGGAUGAGCUUGUUUAUAUCUUUACCAUUGAUUAUAGACCAGCGGCUUUACAGAGUACUCCAAUUGUAAGGUCCAGCGGUGCUACAAUUGCUGUUGAAUGCCACUACCCCAGGAGACAGAAUGUGAGCAGCAAUGAUCUGCAGCCAGCUUGGAUCCCAUAUGUGUCCACCAAGGUUGUAGAAGAUGCCCUUGUCUUCUCCCUGAAGGUCAUGACUGAUGAAUGGAUGUUUGAAAGGCCUUCGAAUGUCUUCUUCCUGGGUGACGUCCUGAAUAUUCAGGCAUCCGUGAAGCAGUAUAACCAUGUUCCCCUUCGUAUAUUUGUGGACAACUGUGUUGCCACUGCUGGCCCUGAUGUCAGCUCUGCUCCAAUGUACUCCUUUAUUGAAAAUCAUGGUUGCCUCACAGAUGCAAAGUAUACAGGCUCUGUGUCCAGCUUUCUGCCCAGAGUGCAAGAUGAUAAACUCCAGUUUCAGUUGGAGGCCUUCAGGUUCCAGCAGGAAAGCAGUGGUGCUAUUUACAUCACCUGUCUUGUAAAAGCAACUGCCGCUUCAACAUCCCAGAUUGAUGAAGAUCAUAAGUCUUGCUCUUUUAGAGGAAAUGGAUGGGUUUCUUUGGAUGGAAACGAUCAGGUGUGUGGCUGCUGUGACACAAGCUGUGGAUUGAGGACUGAUAGUGUGUUCCCCAAAGUUCCAGGUUUCCAGUGGGAGGGAAAAGCCCAAGUCGGACCUCUCCAGGUCUGGGAGAACCAGCGUCAAGCCAAAAAUGUGAUUUGAUUCCUUGUAAAUAAAACUAAGUACUCCCAAA